AAAUGUGACUGUGCAUAUUUUUUUUUCUCUGUUGUCUGACAAGCUCAAUUCGUUCGAUUCGAUUGAAAGUUUGAAAUCAAAAUUUUUUAACAAAACUUUUUUCAAGAAUUAGAAAAUAUGUCACGAGGAAGUUCGGCCGGUUUUGAUCGUCAUAUUACAAUCUUUUCACCCGAAGGACGUUUAUAUCAAGUUGAAUAUGCAUUCAAAGCUAUCAAUCAGAAUGCAAUUACAUCGAUCGGUUUAAAGGGUAAAAAUUGUUCAGUUGUUGUUACACAACGUAAAGUACCGGAUAAACUUUUGGAACCAAAAACUAUUUGUAAUAUUUUUCAUUUAACACCAAAUAUUGGUUGUGUUGCAACUGGUAUGCAAGCUGAUUGUGCAUCAUUAGUACAACGUGCACGUUAUGAAGCAGCAAAUUUUAAAUAUAAAUAUGGACUUGAUAUUUCGGUUGAAGCAUUAACAAGAAGAUUAGCCGAUUUAGCACAGGUUUAUACACAAAAUGCUGAAAUGCGACCACUUGGUGUUAGUCUAAUUCUAAUAUCAUAUGAAGAUGGUCAACCAUUAGUUUAUAAAACUGAUCCGGCCGGUUAUUAUUCUGGUUAUCGUGGUUGUGCUGUUGGUGUAAAAGCUAUUGAAGCACAAAAUUUUCUCGAGAAAAAACUUAAAAAACGAAUGGAAAUGGAUAAAAAUGAAACAAUUCAAAUGGCCAUUUCAGCAUUGUUUACCGUAUUGAAUGUUGAAUUCAAACCAAAUGAAUUACAGAUUGGUGUUGCUGAAGAAGGUAAAAAAUUUCAAAUCCUAAACGAAUCAGAAAUUGAAAAACAUUUAGCAAUGUUGGCCGAAAAAGAUUAAUAUUUAUCAAAAUUCAUUGAUUAAUUAAUUGAACACCUGAUUUG